UAAUAACUGGUAACACCAAUAUUGCGAAUGCAUUUUCAUAAAAAAAACUUUUGACAGCAAACUCAAAAUGUCCUAGCGAAGAGUAAGAUAGUAAACAAUAGUGAGUAGUGUGAGUGGGACAGCGCCAUGGCGCAAAAUGGCGGCGGCGAUUUUGGCGCGCUUUUGCAAGGCGCCGGCAGACAGCUCUUGAACCAAGGAGGGCAGGCUUUAAUCCAGUAUGGUGCUCAGGCAAUCGGGAAUAUCAUCAAUGAGGUCUUCCAAAAGAAAGAAGUUGAGCAGAAAAGAUUUUUGCCGAGCAUCAAAAAUUAUAAAGUGCUAGGCGAGACCCGUCCAUCGUCCUUCGGUCCGGCUACAUACCAGGACUUCAAGGACAUCCGCUCCCGAUGCCUAGCUGAAGGCAGGCUGUUCGAAGACCCCGAGUUCCCUGCUAUAGACCGCAGUCUCUACUACAAGGAGAGGCUGGAUAGACCCAUCACUUGGCUGAGACCUGGGGAAAUAGCUGACAACCCUCAGCUAUUCGUGGAGGGCUACAGUCGCUUCGAUGUGCAACAGGGAGAGCUUGGCGACUGCUGGCUACUGGCCGCCGUCGCCAACCUUACGCUGCACAGAAAAUUGUUCUUCCAAGUAGUGCCGGACGACCAAAGCUUCGAUGAAGAAUAUGCCGGCGUUUUUCAUUUCCGUUUCUGGCAGUAUGGCCGCUGGGUGGACGUGGUGAUCGACGACCGCCUGCCCACGUACAGAGGCAAACUGGUGUUCCUGCACUCCUCGGAAACCAAUGAGUUCUGGAGCGCUCUGCUGGAAAAGGCUUAUGCUAAGCUCCACGGGUCCUACGAGGCCCUCAAAGGAGGGUCCACAUGUGAAGCGAUGGAAGACUUCACCGGCGGCGUCACUGAAAUGUACGAUAUGCAGGAGUUACCGCCCAACUUCUACACCAUACUGCUCAAGGCCUAUGAGAGGAACUCGCUCAUGGGAUGCAGUAUCGAGCCUGACCCCAACGUGCUCGAAGCGGAGACCCCGGUGGGCCUGAUCCGAGGCCACGCUUACUCCAUCACGCGCGUCAAGUACGUGGACAUCGAGACGCCCGGCCGCGCCGGCAAGAUCCCGCUGCUCCGCCUGCGCAACCCGUGGGGCAACGAGGCCGAGUGGAACGGGCCCUGGAGCGACAAGUCUCCCGAGUGGAGAUUCAUCCCCGAGUCUGAAAAGGAGGAGUUGGGUCUAAACUUCGACGAUGACGGCGAGUUCUGGAUGUCGUUCAAAGACUUCGCCCAACACUUUGACAGAGUGGAGAUCUGUAACUUGAACCCGGAUUCCUUGGACCCCGAAGAAUGUCCUGAAGGCUGCACUAAGAAGUGGGAGAUGUCUGUGUUUGAAGGGGAGUGGGUUCGAGGUGUCACGGCGGGCGGCUGCAGAAAUUACCUGGAGAGCUUCUGGCGUAAUCCACAGUACACCAUCACUCUACGUGACGUGGAUGAGGGAGACGAUGAGAACAAAUGCACGAUAAUCGUGGCUCUCAUGCAGAAGAACCGUCGUUCGCAAAGGCACCAAGGCCUGGAGUGCCUCACCAUUGGCUUCGCCGUAUACCGUCUGCCUGACUAUGGACAUGUGCCCAAACCAUUAGACGUUAAUUUCUUCAAGUAUAACGCUUCUAUUGGACGGUCUCAAGCUUUUAUCAACUUGAGAGAGGUGUCUGCUCGGUUCAAAUUCGAGCCUGGCUCAUACGUCAUAGUGCCUUCCACCUUCGAGCCCAACGAAGAAGGAGAAUUCUUACUACGUGUGUUCUCUGAAAAGGACAACAAUAUGGCAGAAAAUGAUGAAGAUAUCGGCAUGGGUGAUGUUGAUGAUAGGGUGAAAGAAGUAACCCCGAACCCUGAACCUGCGGAUCCUGUUAGAGACUUCUUCAACCGCCUGGCCGGCACUGACGGCGAGGUGGACUGGCAGGAGCUCAAGGAGAUCCUGGAUUAUGCCAUGAGAGAAGAACUCAAAGGGCAAGGUUUCUCCAAGGAUGUGUGCCGUAGCAUGAUCGCGAUGUUAGACAAGGACGGCUCCGGCGGCCUGGGCUUCGAGGAGUUCAAGGCUCUGUGGAUAGAUCUGCGCAAUUGGCGGGCUGUAUUCCGGCUCUACGACACAGAAGGCCGCGGCGCGAUCCCGGCUCACCAUCUACGUGACGCACUCCAUUCGGCCGGAUAUACUGUCAACGCGCAUAUACUCAACGUUCUAGCUCACAGAUACGGUUCAUCAGACGGGUACAUACAGUUCGACGACUUCAUAAUGUGCGCCGUGCGACUCAAGACCAUGAUCGAUACGUUCAAAGGAAGAUCCUCGGGAGGCGAAUACGCUACGUUCUCCCUCGAAGAAUGGUUGAAUCGCACAGUCUACUCGUAAGAAUUUGUCCACAACGCCUUAUACUGGCCUAAUUCAUUAAUAUUCGAUGUUAAAGUACCAUCUUGGUCUACGCGGUUGUUCAAAACUUAUGAAUUUUAAACCUACACACAUAUUGGACCUAAUUGUUAAAUACUAUAUAAGAAACAUUAUAAAACUUUACUCAUGAGACUUAAAUAUUACAAGCUUUUUUUAUAGUAAUUAAUCGCGUAUAUUGAGAUAGGCCGAUGCAAUUUGAUGUACCUUGUAAGAAAUUAUUCAUUCUAAGUCACAAAUUAACUUAUUUCAUGUCAUUAUUAUAAUUUGUUUCAAAUACGGGUAUAGGUACAUAGUGUUUUAUAAAUUUUUGCAUUUAUAACAUGAGCUUAGAAUACAUUGGCAUUGUUGUUCUUCUUGACAUCUUUUACCUGUCCUUUGAUCUUCAACUUAAAAAUAUGUACUUUAGUUCAUGUUAAAAUUGCUAUUGUAUUUCUAAAACAUCGUUUUUUCAUUCUAACGAAAACAAAUGCCUCGUUCAUUAUAAGAUGUACAAACAUAUAUUUUAAUAUAAGAGAUAUAGAAUCAGUAUUUUUUUAUCCACCGAAUUCUCAUUCCAUAUGAAAUGGUUUUGUUGUUCGAUUUGUUCAGUGUUGUUGGUCAAAUUGUUCGCCCAACAUCCUUGUUUAGUUCUGUGCGAUUUACCAACGCUAUAUGCUUCCGUAUAUGUUAUUUUUAUAUAAUUAUUACCU